AAAUCUAUGUUGUUAGGUAUGCGCGUCUAGUUUCAGUACUUAGCUUUGGUUUCCUCGACUCUUGUAGGUCCGAUUUUUCUAUCUCAUUUUCCACCUUGCGUAGACUCGUUACAUGCUUAUCAGGACCACAUAAUGGAUGCACCUUGUCCUCCGGGCUGUCUUUGCCAUGUGUUGGGUCAAGUACUGAGUGAUGUAUUGACACGCCCUGCACCGUGCACUCGCCGCCGGCACCCAGCGUCGGAUCCUCGCGAAAUUCAAAGAAAAGAGGCGAUGCAGUGUCAGAAUUGCUGGAUAUCUUAUGCACACAAUGUUAAGCUAUUCCGAUGUGGCGGAUGCAACAUCGAAUAUUAUUGUAGUAAAGCAUGUCAGAAACAAGCAUGGCCAUCUCAUAAACAGAAAUGCAAACUAAACCAGCGCGUCGACACAUUUGGUGAAGAGAAGCAAAACUCAUUAUCCCUGCUCAGAGCCUUCACCAGUAAACACCGUCCAACUCUCACCUCACUUGCCGUCUGCGCGCUUGAACUGGAGAAAGACCCAAAACGGUCGAUGGAUUACAUCGUCUCUAUUCCUGUCCACACACGGAGAGGAUCAAAGCGUCCUGAGACAUCCUUCUUCGCGGUUGAUGUCGAGCUGCAACCUAUCGACGAGCUACCUCAAGAACAGGCCGAAGAAAUGCACGAGCAGCUUCGGCUUGCACACGAACGGAGUGUUAAGGUGGGAAUGAUAGGUGUGCUGUUCGUGAUGCUGAAGUGCAUAGACACCGGCGUUGCAAAUAUCGUGCCCUCCGCAUUCGCCGACGACUUAAGGCAAGUGAGUAGGCAGGACGAUUGGAAGGAAGUGCAUUUAAAGAGGUUGAACGAGGGUAUUGUCCUUUGACUCCUUGUUAACAGUGAAUCAUCUUGUGCUUCGAUGUCGGUUGCGUUCCUUCUGCUACAAUGUACAGCCACUUGCACGACCAAGAACGAAUGUCGACGUCCAGCGUUCAGGAACCAAGUACUUGAUGAGCCGUAAUGUAUACGUCUUCAUGCUCUAUCGUUUUAGAACAACCUUUUGAAAAAAAUGAUUCAACUUGUGGCGGAGAUCUUCGCACACCAGUCAAUCUUCGAUCCACUGCGCAAUAGUUCGUGCAAACCCGGAUUGUAGCUAAAUGAAACGUUCCUUUUUCACGCAUUAUACGACGACAUUGACGAAGAAAUGCUAGUAGAGGCAUGUGUAGGUUUUUGAAGGCUUUCGGAGGAUAUUAGGGUACGGCUGACCCGAAUGCGUAGAAAUAGGACACUUUGUAGAGGUAGUGUCAUGGUCUACGUUUACGAGAAUUCCUCGAGGCUGCUUAAGACUGACCUGAUCUGCACAAUUGAUAAUCCGAG